UUUUAAUUUAUAUCACUUUUUUUUGUCUAUUCCGGGUUUUUUUGUUUUAGGAUUCUCUUAGAGAUUCUUUUCUAGAAUGAUAUACUGAAGACUCUCGUAACUUUUAAGUUUUACAGUAAUUGUGUCGGUUUAACGUUUUCCUCGGUUCUUCUUGGUAUCAGCAGUUUCUAAGGGCUCUAAAAGAAAACAUAAUAAAUACAUAGGAUAUUAACAUUUCUUAUUGAUAUCCUGCCAGUAUUCAUUUCAAGAAAUAGGUGCAGUCUCCAAUGCAAAUAUUGGACUCUCGAAAAAUGGACCACAAAAAGAUGAUUGACCAAAUAUCGAAGCUCCCACAUGAAAAGAUCUCUGUCCCAGAACUCAUUACUCUCCUAGAUAUCCAUUACAGCGACAUGUUUCACAUAAACCCUUGGAUGAAAAAGGAAAUAACAAAAUUAGCCUAUGAGUUUGUCAAAAAUGAUCCAAAUCACCAGCUUUCGAAACAUGAUGCUCGCGAUCUCGUAGAGGCGUUUAUCAAUGUGCCUGUAACAUCGCUCGAUACACAGUCGAUGCCUUCAAGUCUUCCCUUAUAUUCCACUAGUAUUGAUGAUAUAUCUACUGAUUUAUCUGUAGAUUCCAGUCUCUUACCUCAGUCUCUUUCUUCCCCGAACGAUUUAUCACGAUCCUCUUCUCCUGAAAAAUUUUCUGAUAAUUAUUUUGUUGCAGCUUUUCAGAAAACUCAGUCCCACUUUGCUCAUACAGACUCCCUUAUAGAUUCGGCUUUCUUCAAUAUUCAGAACUGCAUGGCUUCUAUCCAAAAUUUUAAGAAAGAGGAUAUUUCGUCUCAGCUUGUCGACAGUCGUAAGCAAUCGGAAGCUUCACUUCGUUCCUCCAGAUAUCGUUCUUCUUCAAAAGUGUUGGAGUCUACAGGUUCUACUCCAUACCAAAAAAAAAGUACUUCGUCUCACAUUACCAGCUUCUGGGAACCUUCUUCUCCAUCCUAUUACAUCAAAGCCUGUAUAAUCCUUGUGAUUGCUGUUAUCCUUUAUACCGUCUUCUACUCUUCCUCGAAGCCUAAUCCUUCCAAAACUCGUCCCUCGUAAUCAACCAUGUUUAAAAAAUUAUUUAUUGUUAUUAGUUUAGGGAAUUCAUUUCGUCGUUUACCUUCCAUCAUUCAAAUCAUUCAAAAUCACUUGGAAGUGCUAUUUC